AUGAUCAUCGCAUGGUUUUGGUUAGUUUUUUGGUUCACCAUAAAAAAAAAAAAAAAAAAAAAGGUUCGACUCAUUCACUAUUUCAUCUUGUUUCUACAACCAAUAUACUACUACCUCUCAAAGAUGGGAAAAAGAAGAGUAGAUGAAGAAUCUGAUUCAGAUAUUGAUGUUAGUUCAACCGAUUCAGAAACUGAAUUAGAUAAUGCUGCUGUUGCUGGUGAAGGUAAUGAUGAUGAUGCUGCUGCAAUGCAAGAAACGGUUGAUGUUGAUUUUGAUUUUUUUGAUUUAAAUCCUCAAGUUGAUUUCCAUGCCAUUAAGAAUUUCUUACGACAAUUAUUUGGUGAUGAUAAUGGAGAAUUCAAUUUAAGUGAAAUAGCUGAUUUAAUAUUACGAGAAAAUUCUGUGGGGACAUCAAUUAAAACUGAAGGAAUGGAAAGUGACCCAUUUGCAAUUUUAAGUGUGAUUAAUUUAACUAAUAAUUUACAUUUGGCAGUGAUUAAACAAUUAAUUGAAUAUAUUUUAAAUAAAACUAAAUCAAAAAUUGAAUUCAAUAUUAUUUUGAAAAAAUUAUUAACUUUUGGUAAACAAAAUAAUGAUAAAAAAAAUUUGAAAACUGGAUUAAUUAUUAGUGAAAGAUUUAUAAAUAUGCCAGUUGAAGUGAUUCCUCCAAUGUAUAAAAUGCUUUUACAAGAAAUGGAAAAAGCUCAAGAUGCUCAUGAAAAUUAUGAAUUUGAUUAUUUUUUAAUUAUAUCAAGAGUUUAUCAAUUAGUUGAUCCUGUGGAAAAAGAAGACAAUGAUGAAGUUAGUCACAAAAAGAAGAAGAAAAUUGCUAAUAAUGAACCAAAACCAAUAGAAAUGGAUUAUUUCCAUCUUGAAGAUCAAAUUUUAGAAUCUAAUACUCAAUUUAAAGGAAUAUUUGAAUAUAAUAAUGAAAAUAAACAAGAAACUGAUUCAAGAAGAGUAUUUACUGAAUAUGGUAUUGAUCCUAAAUUAAGUUUAAUCUUAAUUGAUAAAGAUAAUUUAGCUAAAUCAGUCAUUGAAAUGGAACAACAAUUCCCACCUCCAUAG